GUUAUUAUUAAUUUGUGUAGCUUUAAUGGGGGAAGAAAAUGGAAAAACUUCAAAUAAUUUCAAGGUUGUCAACACUUAUUAAUAUUAUGAGUUUAUGACAGCUGAUCACUAAUGGGCGAUGGCUGAUGCUCCUCUUUGCACACAUGACACUUAUAUACGCGCUUUCUCUCUUCCCUUUCAUUCAUUUUUAGAGAACCCAUCAAAUUUCCCUCAAAAAAUCCCAAAAAAAUUAAUCCCUGAAGCCAUUGAUAAAACACCAGAAUCCCCAAAUUCCUUUAUUCUCGAUCAAUUAUUCAUAUUGAUCGGCAAUUCCUUUGAAUAACCCAUAACCCUUUUUUAAUUUAUUAACUGCAAAAUGUCAAUUAAUCGAUAUCUGGGUUUUGCCGUUUUCUUGUUGUUGCUUAAUUUGGCAUCUUCAAGCUACUUUUCUGAUACAAUUUUUGAUUCCCACAGAUCUACCGGCCGUUCUUUGCUUCAAGCCCAGAAACCGUGCCCAGUAAAUUUCGAGGGUCAAAACUACACGAUCAUAACAAGUCAAUGCAAAGGACCGAAGUAUUCCGCUGAUGUCUGUUGUAAGGCCUUCAAGGAAUUUGCUUGCCCUUUCUCCGAUGAGCUCAAUGACCAGUCAAAUAACUGUGCAAGCACUAUGUUUAGCUACAUAAAUCUCUACGGUAAAUACCCUCCCGGCAUUUUCGCAAACGAGUGCAAAGAGGGUAAGCGCGGGCUUGAAUGUGAGGAAAAAUCGACAGAUCCAGUUUCAAAAGACGUCAAAGCAAACAUCGCUCACCAAUCGAACUUAUUGUCUCCCGUGGUGGUGAUAUUAACUGCGUCGUUCGUUUCCUUGUUUUGCUUGUUCUAAGAGCCUAUACGUUGAUUCCGCUACUCGUCUCAUAGUAUGUUUAGAUGUAUCUUUAUUGUAUAACUUAUGCUUUGUGUACAAUUGAUUGUAUGGUUGCAUCCUAUUAUUUCAUUGUAUUCUAAGACUGUAUUUACUGAUUAUAUGAGGAUGGUAUUAUUGUAAGCUUUUGUAAGUUCUA